GGCAUAUGCACAAUUCACGAUAAAUUCAUAUGCGUCGGAGCUGGACGACUCUAGUAUCGCACCGCUGUUCAACCUAAUCGGGUAAACGAGUCUAUACGAUUCUAAAAAGAUGGGGAAGAUCAACUAUUUUGUCUUAUUGGUGGUUCUAAUAACUUAUUGCGCUGCCCAAAAAGGUUACAAAGACUCUGGUAAAUUAAUGGGAAAUGAGGAAUCUGUCUGGAAAAAAAUUAUGAAUCGUCGUUUUGAGGCCACCAGUCGUAGCAGUAGUUGUUCCAACGCCAGUAAGCCAUGCAGUUGUGCUAGCACUACUAGCACUUGUACCUGCGCUUCCACCGGAUGUACCUGCGCUGUUGCCGGAGCCUGCACCAUCAGUACUGCUACUAGCACUGGUACAAGCACUACUUCCGGUUCAAGUAGUACCAGCACUGUUUGCAGUAACUGCAUCUGUACUACAACCACAUGCACCAAUGGAGUAUGUGGCACGCCAUCCGUCGUCGGCACGGCAUGCACCUCCACCACUGGGGGCACUGGAGGCACUGGAGGAACUGGAGGCACUGGGGGCACUGGGGGCACUGGAGGCACUGGAGGCACUGGGGGAACUGGAGGCACUGGAGGCACCGGUGGCACUGGCGGAACAAGCGGAGGAGGCGGCGGCGGCGGAGGAGGAGGUGGUAAAAAAUAAAAUGUGCAUUUUGAAAAACAAAAAAAUAUGAUAAGAUGUGGUGAUUCGGCUUUAUUCUUUUGGGGAUUUUUCUCCUUACAUAAGUGUCAGUAUUAAUAUUUAGAAUAAAAUAACUGACGUCAUUCAA